AGAAGUGAAAAUGUGGUAGUCCACCAUACCUACUUGUAUCGUGGUCUUGUAGAUUUUGCACUGUGGAACAUAUGGCUUAACAUAGUUGUUGGUCUAGGUGACAUACCAGGAACACCAAAGUGUGGAGAGUGGCUUGUGGGGGUGGGGGCCCACCACCUUCAUUCCAUUACACGGUCGAAUCGAGGCCCCACUGUAAGUAGAAAGAAACACAAGAAGAAGAAGAAGGGUUACCGGCGGGCGGCGGCGGCCAUGGCCAUGCAAUGGAGCAUCGACCUCGACAGGGCUCUCCGCUCCCGCCACCCCACCCCGGUCAGUACUGGUCAACGCGGCAUUGUUUGCGGCUGGCUGUUUUUAGGCUAUCAGUGGAUUUCUCUUACAUUACACUUGAAGCACUUCCAAGGUGGAAUUGCUGUUAUUGUUCCUGGACUAAUUGAUGAUGAUGAUUUCCCACUUGAUUGUAAGAGAGAUGCAUUUACGGUUCUUCAAAAGAUAGUCUGUGGCAAAGCUCCAAUUGUUCAUUUUGUCGAUACUUCUGAGCUAUCUAAGCUUGUUCUGGCUGCUGAGAGUUCUUUGCAUUCUUCUUCCUGGGAGAUGCAAGCUGGAGAAAUUGAGAUGAAGCUACUGCUUUUCCCUUCAGCAAUCAUUAAGUUGAUUGUGAAUUGUUCAGGUAUUCUGGAAAAGGAUUCUUAUCGUCUUUGCAAAUUUGCUGUGGCAUAUUUCCUCCGCUUACGUGGGGACACCAAAGGAAUAGCGACUGGAGAGGACAGUGUAUCUCCUUUGCAUGGAGGGAUGCAAUUUCUGUCCAGCAUUUUACAGAGGGUUAUGGAAUUGCCAUUUGUUCUACCCAAAUACUUCUUCAGAGUAAGGCCUUGCUUUGGUGCUGAACUUCAUAUAUAUGAUUCAAAUCCAGAAAACAGAGACGGGAUAUCAGUACCAAGUGGCCUCCAGCUUUCCCUAACCCUUUGCUUGCAGUGGAAAUGUGUGUUAGGAGUAACAUUGAUAUCUCGAAGCUACUCGAAGCUAUACUGCGUUUUAGCUGCAAGCUCAGCAUCCUGCUGCUUAGAUGCAACAGGAACAAGAAGCAAAGAGUUUGAGAUACACAAGAAAACUGCUGGAAUGGUUGGUCUUAAUACCAAGCUGAUGCAGUACAUAGAGGAUGAUUUGAGAAAGAAGAGGGAGAAGAAGAGGAAAAAGGUCCGUGUGGAGGAGAAGGAAAUGGUGACAGCAUUUGCGCGUUUCGAAGCAAGUGACAGUGGGAUGGGAUUCUCUAGCUACCUGCUGGAUGUGUCUGAAUUUCCUCAAGGUUCAUACAAGAUGAAGUGGCAUGCGUGCUGCAUCGACAAAGAUGGCGCCUAUUAUAGCUUGCUGCCUCUCAACGACGGCGCAGCCUUCUCCGUUCGCAAGUCUUGACAGCCUUAGACAUCUCUUGUUAACUUAUAAUCGUCGCAACUAGAUUACUAGACUAGUGUUUUUGUAUUUAGAGACAAACAAAUUGCAUUACAACAAGACUUGUUAGUAGCAUAUGUUUCAUGCUGAGUUGCUGGCGUUAAGACCAAGCUUGUCAGUUAGCUCUUUAUGCCAAAAUUUGACAAACUUUGAGGGGAAAUGGCCCUCCAAAACUUGAUUAAAUUUAGAAAGGUUUGACUUAGGACGUUCAUCUAUUGCCUUUUAUCAAUAACUCUCAACACAUGAUUCCUAUAUCUUGAGACUCAUGUGACUUGAUCUCAUUUGAACAUCAACACCAUUUUCAUUUCUGGAGAUCUA